AACAUCAAACACGCCCUCAUUUUUUUCUUCUUUUUAUCGACGAACUCUUGCCCGCAGCCUUAUUGUUCCCAACGAAAAACAGAAAACCAAGCUCGCCUUCAAAUCGAAGACUCGCAUGUAUCGAGCUUUCGCUCGCUUGAAAAAUUCCCAAAUUGAGUCGACCUCGCCUGAAAAUGAACAGAGCUCGCCUGUAAACAGAUCGAAGCUCGAGCUCGCCUAAAUCGAGUCGAAGCUCGCCUGAACUAGAAGUCGAGCUCGCCUGAUUCGAGCACGUGAGCUCGCCUGAAAAUUUGGGAUCGAAGUUUGCCAACCAAGACGAAGCUCGCCUGAAACCAAGCUCGAGCUCGCCUGAAAUAGGUUCGAGCUUGCCUACAGAGUUUGCCGACAAGCUCGCCUGAAUGAGGUUGUUUGAGUGAUAAUCAUGAUAAUGUCAAGACCCAUGGUGCUUGUUUUCUUACUGAUGAUCCUCAUAAUUACGUCGCAAUUCGAGUGGAAACAGCAGCUUGUUAAUGACAUGGACCCGAACCCGAGCAUUGCUCAGAAGCAGCAGCAGAAUUUGAGAAGAGAAGAGGUCGUCAAAGAAAAAAUAAUUCUAUCUCAAGAAAAGAACAUUCAAAAGCUACAUGAGCUAGUUCAAAGCCUUCAGCAGCAAUUGCUGCAAUGCCGAGAAAUCAACAACACGGUAAGCAUUCCUGGCAAUUCUUUGAAUGAAAAUGAAAGACAGAAGAUCCUGGAAGAUUAGUGCAAUCUUCACUGGUGUACUAUUUAUAGUUUGUAAAUGAGUUUGGAGAAACAGAGAUCUUCUCAGGGGAUCAGCAUUUGCUGAUUAUGAAGCAAAAGGAUGUCCGUCCAGUUAUCUGAAAAUUUUAGUGGACACGUGUUUAUUUAACGUCUGUUUAAAUCCUAGUGCCAGCAUUCAUUAUUUUCUACAGUUUUCUCGAUAUAGGUUCUUGUAGUUCAUAAU